AUGACCUUUAUAUCAUCCCUCCGACAGCUCAAGGCCCGCUCGGUCCACAUAACCACAUACCCAACGCCGCGCUCCCUCAUGGAAACACGAGCCGUCCUCGCGGCGCUCCAGCGAUUCGGCGAGGUCGUUACAUUCCGAAAUCUCAAGUACGACCCAACAAACUCAGCCCCCAAAAAGGAAAAACCCACAAUCGCAAUCUUCGACUCCGACGACGCCGCGCAAGCAGCUAUAUCCGCCUCGCCUUUGCAGGUCCCCAUCAAGAGACACUCCCCCUCCGUCCUCUUCGCCGAUCCUCAUCCUGACCACUCAUACUCACGCAACCACCCCAACUCACCCCCAAAACCCGAUUCCCGCACCGAAGACCCCCAGCACUCCCCUCCAGACCCCAGAGAUUUCACCCUAAACAUCUUCAUGCGGCCCGCGCGGCACAACCACAUAAUGGCCUCGCGGCGCAACCCGUUCCACGCGUCCUUCAGCAAGCCCGACCCCAGGACGGCGAUCCAUAAAGAUCUGAUGAAAAUGGGGAUUGAGCCGGGGUUGCGUGCGCUGGCGGACGUACCUGCGGCGAAGAAGGAGUUUUUGCCGCUUGCGCAGAGGGAUAGUAUGGCUGAAUGGGGUGAGAGGGUUGGAGCGGGGAGUUUGAUGGGGUUGUUGGCGAGGGGUGCUGGUGGGAAGGAUGCGGCUGUUGCUGUGCAAGGCGAAGAAAGAACUGAGAAUAAGGGAGGGGAGAAGGAGGAUUUGAAGAAGGAUGGAUGA